AGAGCCCGCUAACGUCCAAUCAGACACGACGACGGUUUUAAACAUGAGCUGAUAUUUCCUUCUGCUGGUACCGAAACCACAACAGCAGCGACUGAUCGGGCCAGGGUCCGGUCCCGGCGGCGUGUGAGCUCCUCCCGUAGCGGGCAGCAGUUUGAUGGGACCCCCGGAGGGAGAGAGAGAUUGGGUUGAUGUGGCUAGUGAUCUACUCAGCAAGUGUCACAUAAGCUUGAGAUUGAGGAAACUGACGGACUGUAAUGCAGAUGUUUUCAUUGCGUUGUAUGAGAACAUCUUUGGAGAGAAGGUCCCAGAUUAUAUUGCGGCACCAUGUAGUCAGGAGGAUGACGUCCAUAACAUCCAGUCUGUGAUCGAUUCCCUGUCCUUGGAUUACCUCCAGAUCAGCCUCUCACACAUUACAGGGGAAAAUAUUGUCAGAGGGGAAUCAGAGUCCAUCAAGAACCUCCUUGAAAUCUUCGAUGGCCUGCUGGAAUACCUCAACGAGGAGAUCAAUGAAGAAUCGCAGAGUUGUGAGGAAUUAAAUGAAAUCGUCGAUGAGGAUGAAUCUGAUGACGCCAGGGGACCAAAAAGUCUUCACUUCAUCGAUCAGAAAGAAAGAAAGCUGGAGGGGACGUCAGUGUCAUCCAGUGUAGAAUCUGCCGUCCACUCCAGUAAACAAUCCCUUCAUUCCUGGAAUGCCGAGGAGGUGGGUUCAGCUCGUGAGCUCAUCGGGCUGGGAGUCUCUGCACGCACAUUUACAGACAAACGAGAAGGUGCAGUCACUCCCUCGGGUCCUGUUGACAUCCAGGAAGCUCCACCAGCUGGACCUUUGCACUCGGCUAUCGCCCUACAGCCCCCCCACCAGUGUGACUCUCUCCACAUCCCCAGCCCAGCCCCACGGUCGCCCCGCCAUCUUCCCACCGCUGCUGGCCGCACUCAGGGACAGACACAGGACGCUGCCAUUCCUCUCUCAAAUAAGACCUCUAAACUCGUAGCUGAUACUGUCACCAAUGGGAUAUUGUCUCCUGCGCUCUGCCUGUCGCCUGCUGUGAGUGAGAAGUCGGUAUCCAGCCAGCAAAGAGCCGGAGCAGAAGUGGAAACACUAGAGCCAACUAAUGGAGGACCGAGGAGGGUUUUAUUCCGCACCCAGCCAGACGUGCUCUUCCUCACCCUGCAGGAUGAGCUGACAGCCACCACCCCGUCUCCACCAGACACCGAGGAUGAAGAGGACGAAGAGGAUGAAGAGGAUGAUGAGGAAGGUUGUGAGGAUCUUAGUCGAGCACAAAGAUUUAAGGACAGAGGGAUAACUCACAGAAAUAAAGCAGGGAUCAGCAGCAAUAACAGGAUGUCGCAAGAGCAAUUUGAAGAGUUUCUGUCUCAUCGCAGACAAAGGAAUAAGCAAGCAGAAGAGGAGUUGCAUCAAAUAUCUGAGAACCUCUCCCAUCGACUCGAGGAACUUGAUCAGAUGCUGAAGCGAGUUCUGGGUGAAAGUGGAGAGUCGAGUGGCGUCAGAGAAGAGGACAAGCAGUCCCACCACAGUGACAGCGUCAUGGAGUGUCGGAGGACUCCCCGGCAACAUGCAGGAACAGCUGAUAAUGAAUCCAGCCAGCGGACGCGCUCCUUGUCUCCCUCGCCUCCUCGAGUCCGCCGCUCCUUGCACGGACAGUUGGGGGACGUCACGGCGGAGGCCUCGAGUCUGGACGAUGACGGUCAAACCAAACCCUCAGCGUCCGGUCACACGAGGAGAGAAGAACUGCGCCACAAACCAUCUCGUAUAAAACACGGCAAAUACCUGGAGAACAGAGCCUUCGAGGAGGAGUUGAGAAGUUACGAAGACCAACAACGGACAGAGCUGCACAAGGCGCGCCUCAAAGCCCAGAAAGCUGAGCGAGAGUACAGGGAUGCAAUCCUCGGGGACGUUUCUGACCUGCACGCAUCGUCCCCCGCCAAAACCAAGGGUCCGCACCGGACCCAACCCAGCACCCACACGAGAGGACAGAGACGCCCGGAGCCCAAGAAAGCCUCGCCACUCAAGGUGAAGGAGAACGAGCUGCUCCCUGUGCUGCGGGAGGAGCUGCCUCACCUACACAUCUCCCCCCGCGCUCUGGAUCGGAUGUGGAAGCAGCAAAUGCAGCAGGUGGAUCGGCUUCACGCUCUGUCAUCUCCUCACAGUCACCGAAAGAGCAAGCUAUCCGGCCAGCUGGAGGAGGCUCAGAGGAAAUACGACCUGCUGGUAGAAAUUACCCGCAAAGACCAGGACCACAGCAAACGUCUGAAGGACGUCCGAGACCGAGUGCAGCAGCAGAAGUCCUUACAGAGCCGGCUGAAGGAGCAGAGGCAGCAGAUUGCCCGGGCCAAGAAGUACCACGGCGACUACCACGUGCAGCACCGCGCCCGGCUCACCAGGGCUCGCACCAAGGAGGAAAGGAUGUUUCGGCAGCUGUUUGAGGAAGGUCUGGAGCUACAGAAGCUCCGGUUGAGAGAGCAGAAAGCCUAUGCAAAGGAGCAGCGACUGGAGCACCAGAGAAAACACGAGGAUCGGAUCAAGUCCAUGGAGAACUACUACAAAGACCAAUUUUCACUACUGGCUGAGAAACUUGCACAGGAGCGGGAAGAGAUCCAGGUCCGGAGAAAGGCUCAAGAAAAGGCCCUGCUAAAGAUGAAACGAGAACUCCGUUCCCAGAUGGAGUGUGAGAUCAGUGAACUGCAGAGAAUCAUCGUCCAGAACGACGAGGACGACCACGUCCAGGACGUGGAGGUGCAGCGGCUGCGGAGCCGGGUCCACAUGGCUUCCUUCCAGUACAACACCAGCUGCCUCAACUGACGCACAGCUGGACAGGUUUUCUCUGAAAUACAGGCUGGAUUACGUCAAAGAAAAGUUGCCGUUGACUUUUGUUAUUCAAAAACCAACGUUACGACACUCUGAUGUAUAAAGUCCCAGUUUUUCCACAUGAAGAGGAAAUUCCCACCGAGAACUUGCACACGUCCUGGCAGAUUAGUAAACCGAACACACUCUGACAAAUGUAGCUUUUAUCCAACUCUUCCUGUCACAUCAGCUGCUACACCUAAACUGUAGACACCUUGGACCAAGUCCCUUGCUCUCCUGGGUUUCACUUGAUAAGUUCUAGCGCCGUGGCCGCUCCGGCAUUGUGGGAAAAACAUUAUUAAACGGUCUCUUGCAGAGUUACUAAGUAUGAAUGUCACACUGACAUGACUGACUUUUUUUUUCCUUUCUCACAUGAGAUGUCUUCCUUUAAUAUUUUAACCAUGUCAGUGAAUUAUUUAUUUAACUUUAAUGUUGUUUGAUUUUUAAUUAAUCUGUGAUCUCUGAUUGCAAAAGCGAUGAUAAUAAUUCCGUCAUGAACUCGUCUUAACCUUUGCUCACUAGUGACUGUUUUUUACUCCCAACGAAUCAUUAGGACCAAGUUGUUCCAUCAUUUAACCACCGUGAGACUUGUCAAGCACACAUUCCCAGACAAACACCCAUUAAAUGUGUGGAAACACUUCACCUAAACUGCAACUUGUCACUUAUUUGCAUGAGAUGUGAACUAUUCUAAGUCUUGGAAGGUUUCAUUUGGUAACAAUAAUUGAACUGUAGUUACCAACUGGAGCUCGGCCUCAAAGCACUCAUCACCCCUUCACUAUU